AUGUCCUGUGUUCUGAACCAGGGCUGCAUCUUACCAUGUCGGUUUGAGACCAAUAUAAUCUACAUAGAAUGGCAACAUGAAUGUUCUGUGAUCGUCAGCUAUAAUCAGGGUAACAUCAGCUACUCUGAGAGCUUCAGAUCCAGAGCGUCUCUGUCUGAGGAUCAGAUCUCCAGAGGAAACGGCGAUCUGCUGCUGAAAGGAGUGAAGGUUGAUGAUGAGGGAGGAUAUUGGUGCUAUGCAAAUAUAAAUAGCAUCUGUAACACACAUUUUGUUGACCUUACAGUAGAAGCUCCAGUCUCUGACAUCAGGAUCCAUCAGGAUGGAAACAGGAUCACCUGCAGCUCAGAGGGGAUCUACCCUCAACCUGAACUCACCUGGUCCACUGAGCCUCCAUCCAACACGACUCUGAAUGAAACAACCAGGAUCCAGAAAACUGAAGAUCAGCUUUACAACAUCAGCAGCUCUCUGACGGGUCCAGAUGGUCCAGAUCUGAUCUACAGCUGCAGCAUCAGAACCAGGAGCAACCAGAGGAGAGCAACUUUAGACAUUCAAGCCUCUGUGGGUUUCUCAGGGUCUCAGGUUACAAUCUGCUGCUCUUCCUUCAACAUUUCUGCCUCCAGUUUGGUCUGGAGGUUCAACCACAGUCAGAUCAUCCUGACCAAGACUGACAGAAACAUCUACAACAUCUCAGAGGAGUGGAGGAAACAUGUGAGGGACGUUUCAGCGUCCGGCAGCCUCACCUUACAGGAUCUGACCUCAGAUCAGGAGGGAGUUUACAGCUGUGAGCUCAGUGAUGAUGAGGAGACCAUUAUAACUCGGCUCUAUCUGAGGAGGACUGGAGAGAAUCUGGUGGUUUCUGAACUCAUCAGACGGACGGUGGUUUGUGUUGUGAUUGCAGCAGCAGCAGCUGGAUUCAUGAUGAGCUACAAGAAGAAAAUGGAGGAAAGUGAAGCUCUGCAGCUUUAAACCUUUCAUUCAUUCAGAGACUGGUUUGGUUUUAAUUCUCCCAUUUUACCGUCGACAGGAUUCAUGAGCUUUGAUGUAGUUUCACUAAAUGAUCAGAUCUUCAUGUUCUUCAGGUGAUUCUCAGAUUUGGAGAUAUUUCAGUUAUGUUUCAUCUUCUGCCCAGCA